AUGGACACGGUCGCACCCGCUGCAGAGGCGCACGACGCGCCCGAAGAGUCGCCGGUGAUCGCCUCCCGCGUGUUACGCAAGGUCGACAGUCGACUAUUACCUCUUCUCUUCAUCACGUAUCUGCUUAAUUUUAUGGAUAAAACUAUCCUAUCAAGUGCAUCUGUGUUUGGGUUGAUUGAAGAUACUCAUUUGGUCGGCCAGCAGUACAGUUGGGUAUCCAGCAUCUUCUACUUUGGAUAUUUCUUCUGGGAAUGGCCCACCAACGUCUUGAUUCCUCGGGUGCCCGUCGCCAAAUACCUGUCCAUCAACACCUGGUUCUGGGGCGCCGUGGUAGCCCUGACGGCUGCCUGUACCAAUUACGGCGGUCUGUUGACCGUGCGAUUCCUUCUCGGGGUUGCAGAGGCCACCAUCACACCGGCCUUUAUGUUCCUCACCUCGACGUGGUACACCCGCGAUGAGAUUCCCUUCCGCACGGGCAUCUGGUUCUCGGGCAACUCGGUCGGCGGGCUCGUCGCCAGUCUGCUCGCCUAUGGCAUCGGCCACAUUGACCAUCCCCUGCAUCCCUGGAUGUGGAUGUUCAUCAUUCUCGGCGUGGCCACCUUUCUCUGGGGGUUUGUGCUUUUUGCCUUCCUCCCAGAUAGCAUCUCCACAGCCACUUUCCUCACUCCCGAGGAACGAGAAUUCAUGGCUCACCGUGCCGUGAUCGCAGGUACCGGUCGGACAGAGAAGACCACCUGGAAAUGGGCGCAAUUCAUCGAAUGCCUUUGCGACCCCAAGACGUGGCACCUGUUCGCCCUGGCAGUGCUGACCCAGAUUCCCAACGGCGGGACACAGAACUUUGGCAACCUCGUCAUCAAAUCGUUCGGCUUCACCUCUCUUCAGUCGACAUUGAUUGUCAUCCCUGCCAGUGUGAUCAGUGCCGGCACCAUCGCCCUCACCGGCUGGCUGGCCAGUCGGUCCCACCAUUGGAACUGUCUGCUGAUUGUGUGUAUUAUCGCACUGUCCAUCACCGGCAGUGCCAUCAUCUAUGCUCGUGCUCACCAUGUGCCCCUCGGCGCCCAGCUCUUCGGGUACUUUCUGCUGUCCACGGGUCCCGGUGCCCUCCCGCUCAUCAUGUCCCUCCUGCAGGCGAAUUACCGUGGUGUCACCAAGAAAAUGACCAUCACCUCCAUGAUGUUCAUCGCCUACUGCGCGGGUAAUAUUGCCGGGCCGCAGUUCUUCAAGUCGAGUGAGGCCCCACUCUAUCAGACUUCGUUUCGCGCCAUCCUCAUAUGCUAUAUUAUUUCGGCUGCGUUGGCCGUGUCGCUGCGGUGUUAUCUACAGUGGUUUAAUUGGAAGCGCGAUCGUGAGGAGGGUGUCCAAGGGACGGCCACUCUGGCUGGUGCUGUGGGUGGCAAAUUUGCCAAUCAACGACAGGAUGGGAAUGAUGUGUCGGUGUUGGUGCAGUCGGUAGAGCUGCAGGCAGAGGAUUAUGAGGAUGCGACCGAUUGGAAUACGGUUGGCUUCCGCUAUCGGUUGUAG